AUGCCUGGAAGCAAGGGCCAAGAGCAGGGCAGCCCCAGUGCCGGCCGUCCACAGUUCGAGUUCAUCUCUGUGUCUGGGACAAACAUUCGCGGCAACGCAGAAACACGGCGGCGCGUGAGGAGUCGUGCGCAAGCUGAUUAUCGUCGGCGCAACCCUCCUCCUCCUCGGAAUGCCUUGACCGUUGACCUAGAUGUCGGGUCAUGGCUACAGGCGUUGUCGGAUGAAGUAGCACCCAGGUCGCCACAUGAAGCGCUGGAGCCGGGGAUGCAGCCUGUGUUGCAGUCUAGCGAAAUGAUACAUAUGGACACCAAUGAAUUUAAUCCUAUCAGUGCAGAGAACAGCGCGAACAUUUUUGCGUUGGUGCCGGCAGACCAGAGACCAAGAGCUCGUCAACUGUGGAAUCACUUAUAUGGAGGCUGUGUUGUCUUCAAAUCGAUGAUUGAAAUCGGAUUUCUCAAUCUGUUACAGGGCUCUGCAUCACUUACCCAAAUGCUAUCUUCUUCCGCGUGGCAUAUGAAGAGUACAAGCACCGAACACGAUGAAAGCAGCAUAGAUUAUGCUAGAUACUCUUUAAUGGCUACCAGAGCAUUACGACGCAGGUUGGAUGAUCCUGUUCAACGGGCUAGUCUCGAGACCAUCACAGCAAUCCUUGCGUUUGCGGCUUUCGCAAAUUUGACUAGCAACCCGCAAUUGAUCAAUGUCCACCUUGACGGGCUUUCCCACGCCAUCACCAGUGUUGGUGGCCUAGCAACACUCCGGCAUUUGCCUGUCAUUCAAAUAAUGAUGUAUUGGAUUGAUGUCCGGGGUAGCUAUCUGCAAGACAGAAAACCGCGUUAUCCACAGCCGUUUGAGAUUCUAUCAGCAGAGAGUAAAAUCCGAGUCGCACCGAUGCCCACUGCCGAACAUUUGGAUAGCAAUAGCUUGCUAAGUCAAGAUCCAGUGGUGGCGCACAUAUUUGAGGCUCUACAGCAGGUCAAUUCUCUCAUAAAUACCGAAGCGCAUGCCAAAGGCGACGUAUUUUGGCAAACUGUCCUCUUCCCGGGCUUUCAUCUAGCUCCAAUCCUUUAUGAUCUCUUAUCGCUGCCUCGAGUUACGCAUGAUAUGGCUAAUAAAUUCUCAAUGCGAAGGGAAUGUUUUCGAUUAGCUGGUAUCCUAUACAUUAGCGAAGUUCGCGCAAAAUUUGGGAUGGACAACACCGGGGCCAUAUCGUUUGCCCAGAAACUGUUAUACACAUUGAAGAGCCUCGACAUGCUCAGCUCAUGGGAGUCUGAUAACUUUUUCUUAAUAUGGAGUCUCACUAUUGGGUCUGUUUCAUUAUGCGUACCUGAAGCUCUGCGCCUUGAAUUUAUGGAUAUGCUGGCAGAACGCCUGGCAGACUCACUUCCUGACGUUCUACCGAUAGCAUCUCGGUUAUUUGCAUGA